AUUUUUCAUCAUCACUGUUUAGUGUUUACGCGUUUUGUCCCGUGGAGGUGGGGUUCUUGCUGCUCAGAUUUCCGAUAAAAGAGAAGUGCAUUUUUCAGAGCCACGCAUAAAAACCGGUUCAUGUCAUGUGGUGCAUCCAACAGAAACUGGAGUGACAAGCAUUUUUCUUUCUGUGCAUGACUUGGACUUGAAUGCUAUUCUUGCUGUCAGUGUUGCAGAAUAGAGAUGGCUGCUCACAAGAUAGCGCAUGCUGCGUAUCGGGGACCAAGUGUGGCGAAGGAGAUAUUGUAUGGAAUAAGCCUUGGUCUCUUGGCUGGUGGUUUAUGGAAGAUGCACCACUGGAAUAACCAGAGGAGAACUCGAGAAUUCUAUGAUCUGCUGGAGAAAGGUGAAAUUAGUGUUGUUGUGGACGAGGAGUAGUUAGCCCCCCCUUGCUGGUGCCGUCUAUUAGUACCGCUUUUCUCGCUGCUGAUGGUAUAACGUGAAUGUUCGGAUCUAGAAACAGGAAUGCUGGUGAAAUAUUUCCAUGACAUUUAUGCAGGCUUUAGGUUAUUUUGAGAACUAGAAGGGUGUUAAGUUGGCCUGUGUUGUGUAUUACUACUCCUUGGAUUAUACAUAAUAUAUCCAUAAUAAUCGGGUGGAUAGUUUCUAAUUUUUUAA